AGUGUUUCUCUAAUUGAACUUCGCCCAAUCAACAAUAACUCGUUAGCAGUAACUGCUUUCCUUUUCUUGUUCCUUGAGACAGCUUUUCCUUGCAGGGAAUCGCCCCCGGGCAGUCCUGGUAUACUUUGUAAAGAUCUUCAUGGAACUUCACAGAGGAACAGUUGCUCUCUUCAAGGGAAUACAUUUCGACUGCCUGUGAACUAGCAGACUACGCCCGAAGCAUGGUUAUUCUGGAGAAAACAUUUCAGACAAGCUAAGUUGCAAGAUUCGGUAAAGGCUUAUAGUAAGGGGCUCCAAGGAGAGACGAACAGAACACACACUCGUGGACGUUUAUCCGACCAUUUGAAUGAAAUAAUCAACUUUUCCUGCAGUAAUUCUCUCGGACUGCGAUGACCUCCAGUAAAGACAUGAAGGCAGGCUCCGUGUUGCAGUCCAGUGGCGACGAGCGGAGACGGGCUCCCUUAGACCAGCUCCCGCCCCCGGCCAACUCUAACAAGCCCCUGACACCGUUCAGUAUCGAGGAUAUCCUAAAUAAACCCUCGGUUAAGAAAUCUGUUGCCAGUAUCUGUCCUCCGAGGGCUGUGGAAAAAGUGUCCAGCGCUAACACAGUAAGGAACGGCAUUACCACUCCCUCCUCGCCGUUAUGUGCACUGGAAGAACUGGCCAGCAAGACAUUUAAAGGUCUGGAAGUCAGCGUUAUCCAAGCGGCUGAAGGUCGUGAGCAUGUAAACGCUUUUGGACAGAGGCAGACUUCCAAAAAAAGAAGAAAGUCCCGGACAGCUUUUACGAACCACCAGAUAUAUGAACUUGAGAAAAGAUUUUUGUACCAGAAAUACCUGUCACCGGCCGACCGAGACCAGAUAGCGCAGCAACUAGGGUUAACCAACGCACAGGUUAUUACCUGGUUUCAAAACAGACGGGCCAAGCUCAAGAGAGACUUGGAGGAGAUGAAAGCGGACGUGGAGUCACUUAAGAAAAUACCUCCGCAAGCUCUUCAGAAGCUCGUGACCAUGGAUGACAUUGACGACCCGCAGGGAAGUUCUGGGGCUAUAUCACCGAGUAUCUCACCAUCAUCGCAAGGGCACCGGGCUUUCCCCCAGUCCCCUUCCUCAUCCAGAGACCCAACGACAGAUGAAUUCUCAGAAGAGGACGAAGAAAUUGAAGUGGAUGAUUGACAUUAGGCCCGUGUUUUGAGAAAGGGCAUUUUUUUCAAACUUUUGCACGGAUAUUGACAAAGGGAGAAUUUUAACUCAAUGGAAGGUUUGCUCUUUCCGCUUCUCCAUUUUAAUUUAUUCAUAAACUGUAAAGCCUUCUGGAGGUCUGUUUUCAGUGUCACCAAAUUAUUUGAGGAAUGGGCUACGUUUUUCUUCCAGUAGUUAAUGAAUAAGGUUUUGUGGUAUAUGGUACAGGAUCAAGACUGCAAACUUUAAGCCUAAAGCCUAAUGUAAAAAAUAAUCACUUGGGAGAAAGUUGUGCAAUUAUUUUGUGUAUAGUUGUUCAUCGUCAUAUUUCUAGCUGCUAAAGCACAAUAUCUGCCAAAUAUCCACCUAUCCCAGGGUAGCCAGAAGUCCGUAACUAGCCUACAUGACGUACCCAUGUAACAAUUGAGAAAUGUAAAAAUUGAAAACAUAAACAUUUGGAUAUUAAGUUCUCAAUUUAAAUGUUAAAGCCGAGCCGCGCUGCAUUUAUUAAAGAGGUUGUUUUACAUAUUUCAUUACCAUGAAUGUCAAACAAUUGCGAUAAAAGAAUAUGAAAAAACAUUUACAUGCUAUAAGUUAUGUAUAUAAAUUAAACACAAAAAC